AUGUUGGCCUUGAGCCUCUCCUCUGCCGCGGCUGCGCCCAGCGCGCCACAACCCCACCCGGGCCCCGUGGGCGCCGGCCCCGGCUGCAGAGGCCACGGCAUUGGCGCCGUGGCUGGCGGGGUGGUCCUCCUUAGCGCAGCCCGCAGCACGCGAAGUCGGCCUCUGCGAAGUUGUCUUCGCGCGGAGAAGUCGCCAGAGAUCAAGGGACCCAAGGUGAAGCCACCGCCAAAAGUGGAGCCGCCAUGGGAAGCCAGCCAGGAGCUUGGUGUUACGGCGCCCGUGGGAUUCUUUGACCCCAUCGGCCUUGCGCCCAAAGACAAGGAGACCUUCUGCGAGUACCGCGCCUGUGAAUUGAAACAUGGCCGCGUGGCAAUGAUGGCAUCAAUUGGUGCGGUGGGGCAGCACUUUCUGCGCUUCCCGGGCUUCGAAAAAACCCAAUGGGGCGAAGAGAUGCCGUCGGGGGUCAUGGCAGCCUUCAACAACCCAGGGAGCUUCGGCUUGGUGCUUUUGUCGCUGCUGGCGGGUCUCUUGGAGUUCACCGUGUGGAGCGAAGACUACGCCACGAAGGAACCGGGGAACUUCGGGGAUCCCUUGGGGCUCAAGCAAUACACCGAGGACAUGCGCAACCAGGAGCUGAACAACGGGCGCUUCGCUAUGGUGGCCAUCCUGGGUAUCGUGGCUGCGGAGCUGGUCACGGGCAAAGACGCCGUGCAGCAGCUGGGCUUCUGA